AUGUCUGGAAGCACGGGAGAACGUUCUUUUGCUGAUAUUAUUACCAGUAUUCGAUACUGGGUUAUUCAUAGCAUUACUAUACCUUCCCUAUUCAUUGCGGGUUGGUUAUUUGUCAGUACGGGUUUAGCUUAUGACGUGUUUGGAAGUCCUCGGCCAAACGAGUAUUUCACGGAAAGCCGACAAGGAAUUCCUUUAAUAACCGACCGUUUUGAUUCUUUAGAACAACUCGAUGAAUUUAGUAGAUCUUUUUAG